UCCAUUUAGAGUCACACAGACCAUAAAGCAGGGGAUGCUGUCUGUAUAUUCUUGUAUAUUUUAUGAGGUAUUCGUUCAUAUAUUUCGCGUGUUGACAGUAAACACAUGACUGCCUUCAUCGAGGACAUCCUGACCCGGAUCCAGGACCUGUUGGAACUGGCUCCUCCUGAUAACGGUUUCCCGGCGCUGCUGACCAGCGACGACCAGCUGUUCAUGUUCGAGACGGCGGGCGUUCUGAUCGUGAACUCCGAGAGUCCGGCGGAGAGGAAGCAGGCGCUGAUGAGGAGCCUCCUGCUGCCGCUGAUGGACGCCUUCCGCCUGCUGCUCGCUAAGCUGGCGCUGGAGACGGAGGACGAGAGGCAGGGCGCGCUCGCCGACUGCCUGAGCCACGCCGUCGGGUUCGCCAGUCGGACCAGCAAGGCGUUCAGCAACAAGCAGACGGUGAAGCAUUGCGGCUGCACCGAGGUCUACCGGGACUGUCUGCAGACCUUCCUGCCGGCUCUGAGCUGCCCCGUCCAGCGCGGGACGCUGCGCAGCUCGGUGCGCUCCUUCCUGCACCGCAUGAUCAUCUGCAUGGAGGAGGAGGUGCUGCCCUUCGUCCCCGCCGCCUCCGAGCACAUGCUGAAGGACUGCGAGGCCAAAGACCUGCAGGAGUUCAUCCCGCUCAUCAGCCAGAUCACCGCCAAGUUCAAGCAGCAGGUGUCUCCCUUCCUGCAGCAGGUCUUCAUGCCGCUGGUUCUCGCCAUCUUCGGGGUGUUGGCCCGGCCGGCCGAGGACAACGACCAGGCGGCCGCUCUGGAGAAGCAGAUGCUGAGGAGGAGCUACUUCACCUUCAUCCAGACCGUCGCAGGGAGCGGCAUGAACGAGGUGAUGGCCAACCAGGGAGCAGAAAACAUCGAGCGCGUGGUGUUCACCAUCAUCCAGGGAGCCGUGGACUUCCCCGACCCCAUCGCCCAGAAGACCUGCUUCAUCAUCCUGUCUAGGCUGGUGGAGCUGUGGGGAGGAAAAGACGGCAUGGUGGGAUUCCCCGACUUCGUCUACAAACACAUCGUUCCCGCGUGUUUCCUGGCUCCUCUCAAGCCGACCUUCGACCUCUCGGAUGCUCAGACGGUCCUGACGCUGUCCGAGUGUGCACUCACGCUGAAGAUGAUUCAUCUCAAACAGGGGCCGGAGUUCAUCCAGUUCCUGCAGCAGGAGUAUUUACCUUCGCUGCAGGUGUCGCCAGAAAUCUCUCAGGAGCUUUGUCAAGUUCUUCAGCAGCCGGACGUCAAAGUCCUGAAGAUCUACAUUAAGGCGUUCUUUCAGCGAGCCAAGCUGUAGGAGGUGAAAGUGGAGGUUCACGUCACAGGAAGUGGUCGCACGCGCAACCAGAACAACACAACAGGGACCGUAGCAUAGGAGCUGCUUUUUGCACUUAACGAGUGGCGGAAGUCCGUCUGGAGUCGGGACGGACGGUCGAGGGUUCGAAGCCGAGCCGUCCACGAGGACUGAAGGAGCUCGACUGAAGCUCAGACAUAAACGUGGAGACGAAAGUAAAAGUCUGUGAGAGAGAAGCGUAAAUAUCCUGAAACGAAGCUUUAAACACAUUUCAACACGUUUUCUUUGGACGUUUCACACGAUGGACAGAGAGACGAGGGCCGAGCUUCUCUUUGAUCCGGAGGGCUCGGUAUGUGGCGUGGAUUUGAUUUGAUUUGUUUUGAGGAAUUGAUUUUGAGUUUGACGUGAAGCUGCUUCUUCCUCCUCUGUAGUAUUUUACUAAAACUCUGAAUUUACAGCAGUUAUUAUCAGUUUGUGUUCCUGAGGGAAUAUUUUGGAUUUCCUGGAAAAACGUGACUUUUAAUUUCAGAUGGAAAAUAAAAUGGAGGAACAAAGAUGUAAAUAAGAGAAUAAGAUGUUAGAAAUGUAAAUACAGUUCCGAGGUUUGCUUCUUUAUCUUCAUCCUCAUCUGGAAGAUAUGUAUGGAAGAUCAUUAGUGCCCGAAAAUACAACGUACAGAAACACUCAUUAAGUACAGAUUAUGAGAUGGUCUUACGUACUCCUAAGAGUGAAUUAGGUUCAUACGUGAUUUUGUGUUUUAUAAUUGUGACUUCAAAAGUUAUAAGUAUUAUUGUUGACUUGCUAUUGAUUUAGUUUUCAUAUCUUUGACUUAAUAUCUCAUUUUUUGACCUUAAUUGUGACGUUAAAAGUGAAAAUUUACACGACAAAGACGUAUUGUAGGUCAAAAUAAAUUAACUACGGAGGCGAGGAGGAAGAGAAUAUAAUAUCAGAGAAAGAUCUCUGAGAAUAAAGUCGAAAAAUUACAAAUUACACGAUUAUUUAUGUCGUUAAAGUUUGAUGUGGCAUCACAAACUUUAUUUUCAUUAAUCAUGAUUUUUAGUCACUUGACUGAUUAUUCUGAUCUCAUGAGUAUUUUUUUAAAUAUAUUUUGAUUAAGUAUCUUAAUUUGACCUUUUUUAAAAUCUCAUAAUUGUGAAAGUUUAAUCUCAAAAUAUUGAUUCGUGACACAAGUCAACAGUUUGAUUUAUAAUAUUGAGUAUUUUUUUAUUUACAUUUUUAUUUUCUCGGCGUUAAUGAGCUUCCAUAGAAACACAAACAUGAUGUUGUAUUCAAGCAUUUGUGACAAUUAAGGAUUGAUUAGUUAAUCGAUCGAUUGAUGAUACAAACGCUUCACUGAUCGAUACUGUGAAGCAGCUGAAACGAAAACCAAUCAGAUCGAGACAGAAAAAAAAGAUCCGGUAACUUUGUUCAAAUCGCUGACGUUCAUUUCUUGUACUUUUGUCUGAUUACAGCUUUAACAGUUCUCACAUUAACUUAUAAAAACAAAGUCUAAGUGUU